AUCAGCUGCGAUUGUUCAUUUGACUUUUGGACUUUCGUGGCGAUCGGCGAGAGGUCGUUCAAUUAAAGUUAUUACGAUUUAGAAAGAUCUUAUCUUUGUGGAGCAAAUUAGGCUUUAUUUAUAUUUGUUUUAUUUUAUACUUCUUAAUUAACGAGAAUGUUAAGUUCCAAUACAAGGAAUCUCAUACGUAGCGGCUUGCUCCACCGCUGUAAAAGCACUCUAGUGGUAGCCGAACACAACAACGAGGCGCUGAAUCCUAUUACAUUGAACACUAUCUCAGCUGCAAAAAAGAUUGGCGGUGACGUUACUGUGCUGGUAGCAGGAACCAAAUGUGGUCCGGCAUCUGAAGCAGUUUCGAAGGUCGAAGGAGUUGCCAAGGUGUUGGUUGCUGAGAAUGCUGCUUUCAAGGGCUUCAUGCCCGAAUCUAUCACUCCGCUGGUGUUGGCUGCUCAAUCACAGUUCAAAUUUACACAUAUUUUAGCUGGUGCCACUGCAUUUGGUAAAAAUGUGCUGCCACGCGUUGCUUCCAAACUGGAUGUUUCGCCCAUUUCGGAAAUUAUCGAUAUAAAGAGCGACGACACUUUUGUGCGUACAAUCUAUGCAGGAAACGCAAUACUGACUCUUCGUUCAAAGGAUCCCGUUAAAGUGAUCACAGUAAGAGGCACGAAUUUCGCGCCUGCUGCAGCUACUGGUGGUAGCGGGACUGUCGAGCAAGCUCCAGCUGGCGAAUAUGCCUCGCAAUUGAGUGAAUUUGUCUCGCACGAACUUACAAAAUCUGACCGUCCCGAGUUGACAAGUGCCAAGGUGAUCGUGUCUGGUGGGCGCGGUCUUAAGUCUGGCGACAAUUUCAAACUGCUGUAUGAUCUGGCUGAUAAAUUCGGUGCAGCUGUUGGUGCUUCCCGUGCUGCAGUUGACGCUGGCUAUGUGCCCAACGACUUGCAAAUUGGUCAAACGGGCAAAAUUGUUGCACCAGAGCUGUAUAUCGCUGUUGGCAUCUCGGGUGCCAUUCAGCAUUUGGCUGGAAUGAAGGAUUCUAAGACCAUUGUAGCAAUAAACAAAGAUCCUGAAGCGCCAAUCUUCCAAGUGGCAGAUAUUGGACUAGUGGCUGAUUUGUUUAAAGCUGUGCCUGAAUUAACAGAAAAAUUGUGAAGCUAAAUGUUGCCUUUAGUGUCUUAUCAUGAAUCGUAGUGCAUUUACAUAUUUGAUUUUAGUUUCGGAAAAAGUUUUGUAAUUAGCCGUAAUUUUCAUUUGUUAAAAUCGGUUAUACAAAUUGGCAUUGCCUAUGCAUAUUAUGUAGAUUUCUUUUCCUCAUUUACACAUCCUUUGUUUAAGAAUAAAAUUGGUAAAUUUUGUAAAAAAUGUACAUGGAAACAUACACGCA